AUGGAGGGCCUUUUUUUCAAUAUCGACUACGGGUACGUGGAAGGUGUGGUUCGCGGCUAUCGGAACGGGCUUUUGACCCUGAACCAGUAUGUCAACUUGACCCAGUGUGACACGUUGCAGGACUUGAAGUUGCAGCUUUCGGCAACGGACUACGGUAAUUUCUUGGCGUCGCAGGCGGGCCCCUUGCUGACGUCCAUCAUCCAGGACAGGCUUUCCAAAAGAAUGUACCUGGAGUUCCAGUAUUUGCGGGGCCAGAGCACGGGCAAAUUGGCCCGCUUUAUGGACUUCAUUUCCUAUGGCUACAUGAUCGACAACGUGCUGUUGAUGAUCACGGGCGCGUUGCACGAGCGCGACUUGGCCGACAUUUUGCCCAAGUGCCACCCGUUGGGAUGGUUCGAUACGCUCCCCACUUUGUCUACGGCCACCGAUAUCGACUCCUUGUACGACGUGGUGUUGGUGGACACCCCGUUGGCGCCCUUUUUCAAGGACUGCUUGACGCUCCAUGACUUGGACGACUUGAACAUUGAGAUCAUCCGCAACAGGUUGUACCGCAACUACUUGGAGGCGUUCAUCAAGUUCGUCGAGCAGGAAUUCGACGGGCCGGACCUCGAAAUCAUGACGCGCUUGUUAAGCUUCGAGGCGGACAAGCGUGUGAUCAACAUCGCGUUGAACUCAUUGCACAACGCGGAGUUGAGCGCAGAGGACAAGCUCGGUCUUUUUCCCCGCUUUGGCCAGUUGUACCCCGUGUACCACAACGAGUUGGCCAGUGCCGAGGAGGUGGAACAGAUCAAAGCCGUGGUGGAGUCCAUCGGCGAGUUCAGGGACAUUUUCAGCGACUCGCAGGGCACCGGCGGCCAGAAGAACAUUGAGGACUGGUUCUAUUUGUUGGAGAUGAGGUACAACAAGAACGCGUUCACGCAGCAGUUCACGUUGUCGAGCGUGUGGGCGUGGUUGCGCUCCAAGGAACAGGAGGUCCGCAACAUCACGUGGAUUGCCGAGUGCAUUGCGCAGAACCAGAAGAACAGAAUCGACAACUACAUCUCAGUUUACUAG